AUGACUGAUCAGGCAAGCACCUCCCCGCGGGCGAGCCGGCCUUCGUUGACCCCAGGGAUGCGAAGCAGUUCGUUCCUUAAGGAGCACCAGCAGUACCGUCCACCACAGAAACCUGAAAGCCACUAUGGAAUUGACACCGUCGUUGAGGAUCUUCAGACCGCUUCUACCUCUCAGCGAAGACCCUCCCUGUUCAAGGGCAUCCCCUCUCCGGAAAACCCGCCGAAGAUAGUGGACAGCGGCGUAACCCACGAUUUGACGCACCCGAACUGCACUCCUCGUCCAGGAAGCUACACUGAUCGGCUGAUCGCGACGAUCUUCUACAAGACAAACUCGCCCAGAGCCUCGAAUGCGAUACGUCCUCCUCAAAGCCCUCCUUCUCAGAAGGGGAGUCAGUCCUCUGGCGGAGCUGCCGACUCCAGUAUCCCCCCAACCAUGGCCCCAAGCAGCAGUAUUGAGUCAUUUCCUCUCGAACCUCCCGAGGCAGAGCCCGAGCCCCUCGAUCAUCUCUAUGGCUCGUAUGUCUCGCCUAUGUGCAUCACUGCUUUCCUUUCCCUCAUGUCCACAUUCCCUCUUCCCCAGGGCGCGACGGAGGUGACAUCGUCACAUCGCUGCUUGAAGCUGGACGCGAGCCAGGAACACCGUCCAGUGGUUGUCGAGUUGACUCUCUGCCCCGCACCGUCUCCCGACUACCUGCCUCUCAACGACUUGCGAAAGCAUGAGGCUAUCUAUCGAUUCGAGCGCGAGUGGAACGUCGAUAUUGCCCUGCGCAGAGACACCCUUGCGCGGAGAUACCCACGUCUGGUUGUCUUUGACAUGGAUAGUACUCUGAUUACCCAGGAAGUUAUCGACCUUUUGGCGGCAACCAUCAAGGACCCGCCUGACCUCGCUGCGCGUGUGGCAGAUAUCACACACCGUGCCAUGCUUGGCGAGCUCGAGUUUGACUCCGCCUUCCGCGAGCGCGUCAAGCUGCUCACUGGCUUACCGGAAACAAUAUUUGAGGAGCUGAGGCCGGUUCUGAAUGUUACCAACGGUGUCAAGCCUCUAUUGCGGGCUUUGAAGAAGCUGGGCGUUAAGACAGCUGUUCUGUCUGGAGGAUUCCUGCCACUGACAAGCUGGCUUGCAGGACAGCUAGGCAUUGAUUAUGCUCAUGCCAAUGAGGUUGUCAUCGACCCCGAAACUCGCCGGUUGACUGGUGAGGUUAAGGGUCGGAUCGUCGGUAAGGAGCGGAAGCGCGAGUUGCUUAUUGAGAUCGCUCAGAAGGAGGGUAUCGCACUGGAGCAGGUUGUUGCUGUGGGCGACGGUGCCAACGACUUGCUCAUGAUGGAUGCCGCCGGCCUGGGCGUUGCUUGGAAUGCAAAGCCGAGGGUGCAGAUGGAGGCCAGUGCAAGACUCAAUGGCGAUAGCUUGCUGGAUCUUCUUUACUUGUUCGGGUUUACAGACGAGGAGGUUCAGCAGCUGAUUGCUUGA